AUGUGCAUGACCUGUCUGGACCAGAAGAAAGCAUCCGUAUUUUACAAGACUGAGUUGAGCUCUGCUGCAAUCAUGACUGAAGAUUCUGGCAUCAGGAAGAUUCUUCCGGAUUCUGAGAUUUGUGAUUUUGAUUUUGAACCUUGCGGUUACUCCAUGAAUGCUAUUGAAGGGGAUGCUGUCUCUACCAUUCACGUCACACCAGAAGAUGGCUUCAGCUAUGCAAGUUUUGAAGCAGUCGGAUAUAAUUUCAAUCUGUUGGAUUUUUCUCAACUGCUUGAGAGGGUACUGUCUUGCUUUCAACCAGCUAAGUUUUCUGUAGCUUUGCAUUCUAAUGCCGGUAGGAUGGAACUGGAUUCGGAGUUCACUUUUGAUGUGAAGAAAUACAUUUGUGGAGAAAGGAGCUGCAAAGUGCUUGGUAAUGGUGGAUCAAUAAUGUAUAGUAGCUUCACUCUCGAUAGUUGCGGGUCUCCCAGAUCAAUUCUGCAUCGCUGUUGGAACGAGAACGAGGAUGAGGAAGUUGGGAUGAAGUAG